AUGUUUGGGUGCAGGGGAGGGAAGGCAUUUUUUAGCCAAUCAAAGUAUAAUAGUAUUAUCUCUUAAAAAAAAUGAAUGUUCGCGAAAAGCUCUCGUUGUUUGAGCACCGGCAAUCUUCGAACUCCACUUCCUCACCGCAGGAAUUGGAUCUUUUGGCUCGCAGUACCAAAAAGAUCAAACCUUCAGAUCUUCCACCAGAUUCCACUAUGGGUGAGGCUCCAGUAGGUGAAUCUUCAUCUACGUUGGUGGCUUCCUCGGAUGCUCAGAUGACGGACCCUGUUCCGUCAUCGACAAGCUCUAUUCCUGCCCAAAAAGGGCUCAGUAAUCCUCCUACUUUGUCAUACCGGGAUAAGCUCCUUUUCGAAGAGAAUCCAACAAUAGUCUCCUUUGCUACCACUCCUAGCUACAUGGAUGAAGAUUCUGACGUGGAUGAAGAUCCAGAUGAUCCUACACCCAUUGUCUUGCUUUCUAAGGCUGAAAAGAAGCGCAUAAGAGAACCUUGGAUGAAUUCCCUUAUCAUUAAGGCUUUUCAUCCAAAACCCUUGGGAUAUAAUUAUAUAUAUCCCCGUAUUCAAGCUCAAUGGAAACCAACAGGUAAGUGGGAUUUUAUUGAUCUGGGUUCUGAUUUUUUCCUUGUUCGGUUUCAUGUGAUAGAGGACCUUAACAGAGUCAUUUUCGGCGGGUCGUGGUUUGUCGGACCUUAUUAUCUCACAAUUAGACGUUGGGAACCAGACUUUGAUCCCCUUACUGCUCUAAACUCCACCACAACGACUGCUAUCUGGGCUCGUCUUCCAAAUCUUUCUGCUGAUCACUAUGAUCCAGUCACUCUUCAAAAAAUUGGUAACAAAGUUGGCACUCUAUUACGGGUUGAUGCUCGUACAGCUGACCAUACGCGAGGCCAAUAUGCACAACAUAAACAAAUGGAGGAUUUUGGGCCUUGGCUUCUAGUAGAGCGUCGCAAACCCAGGAGAAGAACCACUGUUCCGGCACCUUCAUCGGAAAAGACAUCAUCUAGAAACAAGCCAAGCACUUCACGUGAGGUUGGAGCUCCGACCCGAAAACUUGGUCCAAAACCUGCAUCGGGCUCUGAGAGUAGUCAUUCAAAACAAUUCAACGGUAAUAUAGUCAGUGCAUUUAAUGCGGAGCAGGAUCCUAAUCAAUUUAGGCCAACGUUUUCUACUGCUAGACCUAGUCAAAGUAUGGGCAAUAAUGGGCAAAAAGCCAAAAAUCUUCAAUGGGUCAGCAAAAAAAUGUCACAAGACCAAGAUCCAAACAAAGAGCAGGGCCUGUCAGAGCCCAAGGAGAAACAACUAACUCAAAGACCAGUACCCACCCUAGCCCAAUCCCCAACAUUAAUGAAGUCCACUCCUUCGGGAAAUCCCAUUACUUCUGAUUCAUCUCUUUCUUUCUCUCCAGAUAAUUCCAUUGUGGAAAAGUCUGCUCCACCCCACUUAACUCCCCCAUUUCAAUCUACCCCUGUUACUUCACCUAACCUUUCCCAAGUCACACAUGGACCCUCACAGUUUUCUCUCCCUUCACCCAAACCUCCAGAUCUACCUAGUGAGAGAACACCACCAAAUUUGCCUGAGAUAUGCACUACAACGAAUGUUGGAGGGUGUCUCACCACGAGGCGAGAAUUGGACAAUGCCACAAAUAAUAGCGGCUUGGAGGGCUCCGAUAAUAACUUACAAGCAGGUGGAUAUACAGGAUCUAUUGCAUCUCAUCCCACCUCACACAGUUUCUUUGAAUCCGUUGGAGCUUUGUCAGACAGUGGAUCUCGCGUCUUCCGAAGACGGGCUCAACACCGAAGAGGAACCAAACCCUAUAACCCCCCAAAUAGUGACCAGUUCAGCUUACAUGCCUCACUUGAUGGCCAUCAAUUAUCGGGGGCAAAUGGAGCGAGUUCAUCUGGUGACCAAAAUUCUGCCCUCAUUAUUCACGAGAACAGAGAUGGACUUCGAAGCACUUCUGCUCCCCUUUCAUUUUCCUCUAGCGAGAUUCUUAUUCAGGGAUCAGACCUCCUCACGGCCAAUAUUGGAUCCAAUGCUAGCCCAUAUACUACUGGGUCUAUCCAACCCCUAACUCCUGUAGUGAUAGUAAGGAUUGUAUAAAUGAAUCAUAACUUUUUGUACACUUUGACAGGUAAAUGUGUAGAAAGAAAAUGAAAUUAGAUAUGACCU